AUGACCGACUACUGUGAUGUGCAAUUUUCUUGGACGUCUGACAAGUCCAUAGAUUUAAUAACAGAAUAUUCCGUUACUAACGAAGAGACAGAUCUCAGUUUAUCAAAUGAAUUGGAACUAUCUCGCACUAAUAAUGAGGAUUGUCAAUUUGAAAUUUCGUGUAAGUCUUUAUAUAAAGUAGCAGUGGAACAGUUUGAAAUUGUGACAGAGGCCAGAGUUGUGGAGCUUUAUGACUAUACAGAGGGGUAUCUGCUAUCUCAGAGAGGGGUGCCAGUUUCCAGUCAGAGUUCAGAUCAAGAACUGUAUAAAAUAACCUGUACAUUAUCAACUCCUAUUAGAAAAUUCUAUGGAAAGUUCAAAUCUAUGCCUAAUAAAGACCGAGUGAAAGUUUACAAGAUCAAAAUUAACGUAACAACAUGUGAUGAUAUUUCACUGUCUGAGAAUACUGGCGAUACCAUCAAUGUUCCUAAAUUAAAACAGUUAGUAGCGGAAUUAGGAGACGAAGUUCCUGAUAAUGCUAAAUCUUUAUUAGAAGCCAUGGAACAGUAUCAAAAGAAUAAAGUAUCAACAGUGGAUGAUAUAAAACAGCAACUUUGUCAAGAAUCCAUUGGACAGGAUACUUCUAUGUCUGGUUUAUCUAAAAUGGUGGCCAUGUUUUCUCAGCUGAAUGCGUCCACCAGUUCGAAUCAGUCUCCAGCAGCCUCCCAGAAUGCUUUAUUUUCAAUGAUCAGUUCCGUACAAAAUGGCCAGCAAACAGAUAAUGAAGGAAUGUACCAGUUUUUAAAAACUAUUUGUGGACAGGUGACAGAUAUGAGAGCUCCUAUCCCAUCUCCAACUGAUACUGAGGAAUUAAACAAGAAUGAAAUGAGAAAAAGUGAAAUUCUUGCCAGUGGUGCUGCUAGCAGUACAGAGGCGAAUACUAAAGUUGAUGAAAAACUGCAAGAGUUAGAAAUACAAGUUUUAACCAAAGUGGACAAGAAAAUUGAUGCCCUUGAACAAAGACUUACGUCUAAAUUAGACUUAAUUUUACAAGGACUCAAUAUUCAACCUAAACAAGAGAUGGAUUUAGAUUAA